GGCUCGGGAGCGCCAGAGAGCUCGAGUGGCGCGUCGGGCGACGCUUUCGUAGACGGGAUCGCCUGAAACACCAGUCGACUUUGAUUGCGAUUACAGCUGUUGACUACUGAAGACACUGAAGAGGUAUAAUCACUCGUUUGUCACCGCAAUGUUGUCGACACUUGAAUCCCAUAUCAACCACACCGUUUCGGUGACCAUUGCCGACGGCAACCGCAUUACAAUCGACGAUUUGGUUGACUUAUAUCGAGAUUUUGCCAAAACUCCGAUUCCUAUCUCCGGUCGACUUUCUGUCGGCGAUAAUGAGAGAGAAAAGUGUUUACGAAUUGAUUGGAAAGUACGAGAUAUGGAUCGCUUGGAAGCGACCAAACAUACGACCCAUCACUCCAUCAAACUAUCCAAAGAUGGGAUGACUGUUAAACACAUCACAACUGUUGGCCAACCUUUGGAUGUGACCAAUGAUUUGGCCAUAACUUCGAGAGCAAAGGGAUCUCAUUAUAUGGCAGUCGUCCGCAAAGGAGCCAAAGACCCGGAAUCGGGAAAAACUAAACAAUGGCUCGAAAUAUGGGAUAAAACUACAAAAGUUAAGUCAAUAGACUUGGACUCAGUGGAAGAACAUUCAACUCUUAUAUUGGAUCCGUUGUUGAGUAACAUAUUGUGGUCACCGAAUGGCAAACAACUACUAUAUGUCGCCGAAUAUAAACCACCGAAACCUCAGUCUUAUUACAAGAAAGUGAACAAAACGUUAGAGAAUUCAGGCAAAGAAUUGGAUUCAAGGGAUUCAAGGGGUCAGGAGUUUGUGUACAGAGAGGAUUGGGGCGAAUGUUUUGAUGGCAUUAGUCAUACAGUGAUUGGUAUUCUUGAUGUUGACAAAGACUUCAAAAUACAAACUAUCGAAAAGAGUGGUUACUCUUUGGGUCAACCCUUUUGGAUCGGAAACGGAGAUCAGAUUGGAUUCGUUGGUUGGGCUGAAGAGCCCAGACGUUUAGGCAUAACCUAUUGUCCAAAUCGUUUGAGUUUUAUAUUUACAAUGAAUUUGAAAACUGAAGACUCUGUUCCACAACUGAUUUGUGGUACAGAAAACUCAAGCAUCAGAAACCCGCGGCCACUGACCGACGGAACGGGUUUUGUGUAUCUGGAGAACAAAAGUGGAAGUACUCACCGACAGGCGAGUCGACUAUUGCGGUAUAGUUUUGAAUUAAAAACUUCUGAAAUUCUUAUCGACACGAAUGGCGUCCGAGAGAUAAUAGAUACCGAAAGUGGUCUCAAAUACGGAAAAAUAAGCGCUUUAUUUGUUGAAGAGAUAACAGAAAACUGUUUUACUUCUGACGGAAAGUUUUUAAUAUUGAAUUGUUUUACUGAACUUCAAUUAGUCCUCUGUUUGUUUGAUUUGAAAACCAAACAAUUGAUUCCAAUUGAGUUUCCGCUGCCAUCCCUUCAACUCCUGGAUCUGAACGACAAUGUCUUGAUAGCCGUCGGCUCUGCGCUCAACACUAAACCCAAUAUAUUUGUCGGUAAACUUAAUUAUAGCGAUAAUACAAAACCAUUGGUUGAGUGGAAGGAAAUGGAGACUAAUUCAAGCGAUUUGCUGAAUGACAUAUCGGUUGACAACUUUUAUAUCCCGAGUGAAGACCCAAACAAAUUGUUGACUGCAAUUCUGGUCAGUCCUAAAGCGGUUGAAUCACAGCCGACGGCCACUGUUAUUAUGCCACACGGGGGACCACAUUCUCGCUAUGCAAACACAUAUAUGAUUAAUCCGUCUUUAUUAGCGAAGAUUGGAUUAAAGACAUUACUCGUCAACUACAGGGGAUCCAUAGGAGUUGACGAAGACUAUGUGAAUGAUCUGAUCGGACACGUGGGCGACAACGAUGUCCGCGAUGUCGUUCAUUGCAUCAAAUAUUUGAGUGACAAAAGUCUUAUUGACUCAUCGAAACUGGUUCUGUGGGGCGGAUCUCACGGCGGCUUUUUGGUCACACAUCUGAGCGGACAGUACGCGCACAUGGAUUUUAAAGCAUGUGUGGCUCACAAUCCAGUUGUGGACAUAUCAUCAAAAUUUGACGGCACAGACAUUCCCGACUGGGGUUAUGUUGAAGCGUUUGGUAACGUUAAGCCAUUUUCUUUCGACACCCCAUUAGACCCAAACUUAUUGAGAGUGAUGUUCGAGAAAUCACCCAUUAAUUGGAUAUCAAAGGUAAAGGUGCCGACACUUAUGAUGUUAGGCAAACGUGACCGUCGGGUGUCGUGGACUCAGGGCCUCAAAUAUUACCGCAUACUUAAAGCUCGUGGAGUGAAGACCCGGUGCCACGUAUACGAUGACAAUCACGGCCUGCAGAAGGUUGACGUCAAUGGAGAUUAUUGUGUGAAUAUUUGUCUUUGGAUUCUUGAGAAUUUAAGU